GUCAGAUUUGUCUCCUGAGGAGGAUGAGUCCUUGCCAGACAAGAAAAGGGAGGAUACAGUGUUGCUUCCGGUUCCUCCACCAAAGAUUAAGCUCUCAAAUAGGGGUGAGUAAAAUAGCUGGGCUGGUCCAGUGGUAUAAUUCAGUUAUCAAACUUCAGGGAAUGGUUGGCAAUAUGAGCAAUAUGUUGCUGUACUGCUUCUGGUUUUGGAAUUUCUUUUAGCAACCACAGGACAAAAUGCAAUGCUGCUCGAGUUACCUGCACCCCCAGAACUGGCUAACACCAUCAAUAGACGACCAGAGAGUCCUGCAUCUUCAGACAUUUCUGGAUGUUCUUGUCCAACGCCUCAUUGUUCACCCACAAGGUCUGAAUCAGCAGAAGCAUUUAGUCCAGGGUCAGCCAGAUCUAACCGUUCUCACACACCUCAGCGUGGAGUUUGUAAUCCAUCACAUUUUGGGAGCAGAAAAGGUUGGGCAUCCUCAUCCAGAUCUAAGCGUUCUCGCACACCUCAGCGUGGAGUUCCAAAUCCAGCACAGUCCGGGAGCAGAAAAGGUCGGGCAUCCUCAUCCAGAUCUAGUCGUUCUUGCACACCUCAGCGUGGAGUUCCAAAUCCAGCACAGUCCGGGAGCAGAAAAGGUCGGGCAUCCUCAUCCAGAUUUAGCCGUUCUCGCACACCUCAGCGUGGAGUUCCAAAUCCAUCACAGUCUGGAAGCAGAAAAGGUUGUGCAUCCUCAUCCAGAUCUAGGCGUUCUCGCACACCUCAGCGUGGAGUUCGAAUGCCAUCACUGUCCGAGAGAGGCUUAUUCCCCAUGUCUCAAGCUAAAUACCAGAAGUCAGUGCUUGGAAAGCUAGUUGAACUUCUUGAUGAGAUAAAAAGAGUCGGAAGGCACUAUGAGCCCCUGAAUUCUGCUGUCCAUGUUGCUAGACUAGAAACCUUAGAAGAUUUUGCUGAAGAAGAGGCACGUCUCAAGGACCGCAACCUCUGGGAACAAAGGGUGUCCCAGCUCUCAAAGGUGGGAGCGAGAAACCAUAAAGACUGCGUCCAUAAAGUGAUGGAGAGGUAUAAACAACUGUCACAUGGUCAGAAUAUAGAAUGCUUUUCACCAACAAUGUAAUGGCUGGUUUCAACAUGAAGGGGCACGGUCGCAGUGAGAAAAAAGCCUUCCAGGAUACAGUUUUUUACUCUUUGGUAAAAGCUGCAGUAAUGAAGUGGAGUAAAACUGCCACGGAACUUGAAAUUAGGGCUGCUAUGGCUGAGACACUGAAACAUGCUCCCGGGAGA